AUGUCUCCAUCCACCACCCCGACCUCCACUCCUCCCAAGCCCGCUGCCGCCACCGCCUCCGAGGCCAGCCCAGACUCUGCUGUUGCCGGCGUGAAGCGCAAGACCUCCGACUCCCCUCCGGACGCCUCCAAAGUCCGCGACGCCAUCUUCGCGAUGAAGCCGCAGCGAGUCGCUCGCCGCAACGCUUCACCUCCCCCCAAGCGUCCGAAGAUCAAGAACGGGGCCGACGCGCGCCACUUCUCCCGGCUUGAGCAGGAAAUCGAAGACGCCAAGGACCGCAAGCGGAUGGAUGAAGAGGACGAGAAGAAGAGGCAGGAGCGGAACAAGAAGUGCCGGGAGCGAUAUGCGCGCAAGAAGGAGGAGGAGAAGCGCGCAGCCACGAAGACGAAGAUUGCGGAGAAGAUGAAUGGAGGAGAGAAGACAAAGGGAGAGGCUGGAAAGAAGAGAGACGAGAAGGUUGGAGAGACGGGAGACGAGAUGAAGGAUGCGGCAUCGCGGAAGCAUUGCAAGCCCAGCUCUCCCAUCCACCGCAGCGACUCACCGUCCAGGCGCAGCUCCAAGUCCCCAUCUCCGGCGCGCAAGGUCCCAGCCCAGAAGCCCGCCUCCAAGACGCAGGCCAUCAUCAAGCGCAAGGUCCCAGCCCAGAACCCCUCCUCCAAGCCGCAGGGCAUCACCAAGCGCAAGGCCACAACCCCGAAACCCUCCUCCAGUGUCCAAAGCAUCGCCAAGCCCUUCAAGAAGACCAUCAACACAAAGCAAACCUGGCUCAAGGUCGGCAAGCCAGGCAUGUCCAGGGAGCUCCUUGCGCGAGGCUUCGACUGGGCGACUCCCGCCUACUGCAAGACCGCCAAAGGAAUCAAUCUCGUCAGCUUUAUCCUCAGAGAUGAUGUCACUCCCCAGCCGAAGGUCCAUGAGAAGCUCCGAGAGGAGAGCUACCUGUCUGUGUCGUGCGAGAACCUGCAGGCCAAAUUGGCGGAACGGAGGAAGGAUCCUGCAGCCUUCCGGAAAGAGCUGGAGGACUACACUGUGCGCCAUUCGUAUGGUGAUGAGGACUGGGUCAAUUACAUGACUUCGGGUACGGACUGUAGGAGGAAGCUCGCAAGGCUCUGUGCGGCCCUCGACUGGCUGGAUGCCGCCAAGGAGCUCGAUAUUGAGUCGGAGAAGUAA